AUGGCGUUAUUAAAAAAAGAAAUUGCAGUUUUACGCGCAAGCUCCAAUCCCUACAGUUCCUCUCUGGAGCUGCAAGAAAAAAGAAUUGGGAUCAAUCCUGCAACCGGUGUUAUAUAUUCGUCUCCUAUGUCUUGUGAGGACAAGAUUCCUGGAAGGCGGGUAAUUAAGAAUAAAAGUGCACAGAAAUCGCUGUUAGCCAAAACAAGGGCGCACGCGUCUACACCGGGCGCUCCCCCUCCACCAGAGCCCUCAGCGAUGUUAUCAUUCUCACCUACGACGUCGCAAGGCGCAGCGAACAAUAAAUCUUUCCUACAGUCCAGCGGUACAGAUUCUAAACAAUUGUCUAGUCAGCCGAGUUAUGCUAAAGUUGCGGACGGUUCUGACUUGGGUCCUAAAUUUGCGCUUGAUUACGAUUUAUUAACAGUUUCUGAACACACUCAUAAUGUAAACAAUUCGCACGUUCUUACACUAAAACCGAUAAAAGAGGUGAAUUGGACUACAGUGACGAGUAAGCGUCAAAAGCGACUAGAGAAUAGAAAAGGAAAACCGCAUCCAAUAAGCUAA